AUGUCGAAAACGAUUGUUGUAGUCGGUGUCACUGGCCUCCAGGGGUCAUCUGUCGCGGAAACAUUUCUGACGCUCCCUGAUUGGCGCGUCCGCGGCAUUACACGAAAUCCAUCCAGCGAGGCGGCUCAAGCCUUGGCAGCCAAGGGGGUAGAGAUAGUCAAAGCCGACCUUGAUGAUAAGGACUCGCUCAUUCCAGCGUUUGAAGGCGCUUCUGCCAUCUUUGCCAACACAGACUUCUUUGCUUUACUGUUCAAAGCAGCCGCGCCUGGCGGUUCACCCUCAGGGCGAGCGCCGAAAGAGCGUGCCUUCGAUCUUGAGGUGGCCCAGAAUGUCAACAUCGCCGCAGCAGCCGCUUCGCCAGCGGUGAUCAAGACAUUGGAGCGUUUCGUCCUAUCGUCGCUGAGUGACGCCACAAAAUGGAGCGGUGGAAAGUAUACCACUGUGUAUCAUUAUGACUCGAAAGCGGAAGCCAUCAGAAUCAUUCAGGCCGAGUUCCCCGAGGUGGCCGCGCGGAUGAGUACGUUGCAGGUUGGACACUAUGUUACAAACUGGAAGGCAUUCCACCUUAUGGCGCCACAGAAACAGCCCGAUGGAAGUUUCUUGACGAUACGCCCAACUGGCCCCAACGCCAAGUUUCCAUUCGUCGUCACACAGCGAGAUACAGGACCAUACGUGAAAGCUCUGGUAGACUUGCCGGCUGGCAAAGACGUGCUUGGAGUCUCUCAAAGCCUAACAUUUCCGGAGUGGAUGACUAUCUGGGGAAAAGUUCUCGGCGUCAAGGCAGGCUUCAAGCAGGUUUCAUGGGAGGAGUUCUUUGGCACUGUCCCAGAACCGUUGAAAAGUGAACUGCAAGACGCCUGGAAAUACUUCGAGGACUUCGGUCAUACAGGUGGCGAUCCGAAUGUGUUGACCCCGGAACAGCUCGGUGUUAAGGUUCCACUGACUACGAUGGAGGAGUAUAUCAGGAGCGAAGACUGGUCAUCCGUCUUGAACUCUUAA